AUCCAUCAGUCAAUUCUACUAAUUUUUAAAAAAAAAUGUCCCCUACUUCUGUUUUCGUUUCUGGAGCCAAUGGUUUCGUUGCUCAACAUGUUAUUAAACUUUUGCUUGCUAAAGGUUAUGCUGUUGUUGGUUCAGUUAGAUCAGCUACCAAAGGAGAUGAAUUGAAGGAGUUGGUUAAAAGUGAUAAGUUUUCUUAUGAGAUUAUCAGUGAACUUGGUGAUAAGCCGGGGUUUGAUGCUGCUUUGAAGAAACAUCCCGAAGUUACGGGGUUCAUGCAUAUUGCUUCACCCGUUGGUUUCACUGCUACCGAUAUUGAAAAAGAAUUGAUAAGACCUGCUGUUGAUGGUACAGUUAAUGCACUCAAGGCAAUCACCGAAUAUGCCCCUCAGAUCAACAAGGUUGUGAUUACUGGCUCUGUUGUUUCCGUUUUUGGUUUUGGCCCACACUUUGAUGGGAACAAAGUUUAUACUGAAGAUGAUUGGAACCCAAUCACCUAUGAAGAGAGUUUAUCCAAUCCAAUGUUUGGAUACUUUGUAUCUAAGAAAUUUGCUGAAUUGGCAGCUCUUGAGUUUAUCGAAAAGGAAAAACCAAAUUUUGAUACAUCUUUUGUUAUUCCAUGUUAUGUAUUUGGUCCUCAAGCUUACGGUGUCAAGAACAAGAAAAAGUUGAAUCUUUCCAAUGAAAUUAUCAACACUGUAGUUAAAUUGGGUAAAGAUGACAAAAUUGAAUCUUUUGGUUCGGUUUUUGUUGAUGUUAGAGAUGUUGCUCGUGCUCAUUUAGUUGCUUUUGAGAACAAAAGAGCUGUUCCGAAAAGAUUAUUACUUAUUUCAGAAAAAUUCAGUCUUGAUUCAAUUGCUCAUAUUAUCAAUGAAAAAUUCCCUGACUCUUCUGUUCCAAAAGGAGACAUUUCCAAGGAUGUUGAACUUGAAAAGCUGAUCCAAAAGUUCGAUAAUUCCAAAACAAAAGAAAUUCUUGGCUUUGAUUUUAUCCCCCUUGAAAAAACUGUUGAAGAUACAGUUACUCAAGUUUUAUAGUUCUUAUUUGAACCUUUGUUGGUUCUUCCCUUCCUCCUCUAUCCAAUAUUUUCAAUUCUUGUAUAAAUCAAUAUACUUGACAACGUGCUAUUACAUACUAGAUCAUGU